GUUCCUGACAGAGAAACUGAAACUGAUGUUUUUUUUUUUUUUCUCUUUCCCCUCUUGCAAGUUGCCAAAUAAAACUGAGUUACUCACCAGGCAUGGCUCCCCAGCCUCAGGAGAAGAAAACAGUUUUAGAUGUUGGGACAUGGGAGCAGAUAUUUCAAGAACUGAUGCAGCAGGAGAAACCCCGGGCCAGAUGGACCCUGAAGUUGGAUAAGAAUCUCGAUCCAAACUGCCUUGCAGAAGGGUGGAAGCAAUAUGAGCUGAAAGGAUUCGGCAGGUUCCAGUGUUCCUCAUGCCAGCGGAGUUGGGCUUCUGCUCAAGUGCAUAUCCUAUGUCACAUGCACCUGGAGUCCCACAGAUCCCAGGGUCAGGUGAUUAUGCGCCUCUUUGCUCAGAGGUGCAAGAAGUGUUCCUGGUCUCGAUUUGAGAACCCUGAGUUCUCCCCAGAGAGUACCAUGAGGAUUCUGAAAAACGUGGUGCUGCGUAUUCUGAAGAAAUUCUAUGACUUUAAGAAGCUUUCAGAGCUACCGAUCAUUCGGGAGGUGCCUUUGGAUGGGUCCCAUGACACGAACAAUUGUGAAGGUUGCUCUCUGGGCUUCUGCUUACUGAGAUUGCGAAACAACACGACGGAGCCAUCAGUAUCCCCAUUCUCUCCCACUGGUUCCUCAUCUCCCACUGGUGAUGUGUUCACCCAAAGCCAAUGGAAUGGGUAUCAUUAUGUCUAUAAAGCGUCAGGGCCCAGCCACACCACUGCUGAGCCCAAACGGGAGACCAGCAGGCAGCUCACCCCAAGUUCCGACAGGCAGGCUGCACAGGGAAAUUUACAAUCCACACGGGGGACAGCACCACAGGCCCCCUGCAGGACAUACUCUGAGGUUGUCAGGAGGGUAGGACAACAGUCCACACAGCAGGCAUGCUCACAAGCCACACAAGGGGCCUGUGUGCAGGCCACACGGGGGACAGACCCAAAGACCACAUUGAGGGCAAUCCCAAAGGCUACCUCAGGGUCAGCCACUCAGACUAUAGGGAGAACAGUCCCCUCUAGGUCAAACCUACAGCUCACGUGGACAGACUCCGUGGCUACACAUGGGUUUUCGGCCUCCAGUGGAACUCAAGCUGCCUGGAGAAGUUCACCCAGAAAUGUUCCAAACAGCUAUCCCAUGUACGCUCCGUUAGUGCAACAAGAUUACUUCGUUGAUGAGGAGAGAUUGAACCUGUUCUACUUUCUCUGCGGUAUUUGUAUCAUUGUCAUUUUCAUAGCCAAAUGGUUAGAAGAAGGAAGAUGGCGAUAAGCUUGUCUUCUUUUGUCUCAUUUCCAUGGUAAUCAAUGAACCGGUUGCCAUUUUAGUACGACACAGAACGUGCUUGCAGACCGUGCAGGGUCAAGUUUGUAAGAAUAAACACUAGUUUCCUAGAUCUCCUUAGCAGAUAGUCUAAAACAUAACCUAGCAGAUAAUGGGCCCAAUAAUAAAUAUUUGAUGACUCACUAAAA